UUUCAGAAAAUGAAGAUACAACUACAGGCAGACCAUAUAACAUAACAUAAUUUUACAAUUUGAAUUCUAGCAAUCAACUACAUCAAGAAUACUCUGUUUAUAUAAAAUUUCUGGUAUAUCGAUAUUUGAAUCCUAUCAUAUUAUUAUAUUAAAUAGCCAAAACAUGGUUCGGGUUAAAACGUAUUGCUAUGACUGUAUCCUGCAAGGCCAAAAUGAAGAUGAUACCUAAUUUUAUAAUCCCCACAAGGACUAUGAUCUGAAACGAGUGAAACUAUCAUACGCUUUUGGAGUAUUAUUAACAAACUUACCAUAUUGCAUUCUGCAUAAAAAAGUGUACUAUAAAAUGAAUUACACAGCUCCAAGCCAUUGUAUAUGAUUUCUAGUCAAUCAAACUGUCUGCCCGUAUUUAUGCCUAUAAUGUUUUACUUUCAGAGCCUUUUUACGGUAAAUAUUGCAUAACUUGACGCAAAAACUACAACAAAUCAGAUUUUAGACCAAAAAUGGUUAAGCUUAAAAAACAAUCUGUGUAUGUACAAGUGUAUAUGUGUAUAUCUUAAAUUAUGAUUAAAUCUAGGACCUCUUAGUGGGGACCUUUCCACAAAAGCAAAUUCAAGUUCACCCUUAACAUGUUUUAAGUAGGAAAAUGCUAGCUAGUGGUCACAAUAUUUUUUUGCCCAUCAUAUUAUCUAUAUAUAUCCAAGCUAAGACCUCUUGUAAAUCAUUGCACAAUACUUCCUCUCCCUAACCUUAAGUUUUCUCCAAGUACUGAAAUUUCCAUAUCAAUUUCAAGAGCUGCAACAAAGCCCUCUUCAAUCACAAUUAUAAUAAAUAAGUCCUCUUCUCUAAGCAUGGCUAAAAUUUCAUGCAUGAUCACUCAUGCAUUUCUGCUAAUUAUCUUCACCAGUCAAUUUCUAUAUGGUGAAGGGAGACCUAUAAGGUCACUAAGUAGAAAAAAGACCAAAUAUGUCCCAAGCCACUCUGAUAGAGACAUCAGAAAGCUGAGCAGCCAAAUUUAUAAUUCUGACCACAGUGAAACAUCACCAAAGAAAAAUACUCCACAAAAAAAAUUAGCUGAAAUUCCUCCAGCUGAUAUACAUAAAAAGAAUUUCCCCUCCUUGAAACCUACUCAAAACUCCCCAAGCAGUCACGAGUUUGAUUCAUUUGGGGUAAACAGAGUAGACAGCGGUGCGCAAAGCAACUGUCUUGGUGUAAAAUGCUCAGAUAAUUUUAUACCUACAGCACCUGGACACAGCUCUGAUGCGGGUCACUCUUACAUGACUAACACAGACCAAACCCCAUCAAAACAAAAUACUAAUAAUCCUAAAGUUUGGAAUAGCUUGGAAGGAUCAGAAGAUGGUUUUAGACGUACUACACCAGGUCACAGCCCAGGUGCUGGGCAUGCUGAAGAAGACAAGGAGGAUCCAAACCUUGCAGCUGCAGGAGUACCCUCAACAUCAAGUCCUACCUCAUUUUUCAGUGAUUCAGCACAGUUAUCUAUCAAUGAUUUCCCACCUACAACUCCUGGAGGCAAUCCUGGUGCUGGCCAUCUUGACAAAAACAAAAUGGAUGUACAGAAAACAGGAUUUUGUCUUAGUGAAAAAUGCAAAGAUGAUUUCCGACCAACAAAACCAGGGGACAGCCCUGGGGCUGGUCAUCUCCAUAUAAGUGACUCAGACAGCAUUGCAUCAAAACAAAGCAAGCACCCUGGUGUUGUACAUCCCCAUGCAGAAGGAACAGAUGAUUACCGGCCUACUAAGCCUGGCCACAGUCCAGGUGCUGGCCAUGCUGCUUUAGAAAAGCAUGAGACGAACUCAUAAAAUACAAAAUUCAUAAUGAAUUCUACUUACAGUUACUAUAUAGCUCUGAAGUAGAAAGGUCCUAAGAGAUACAGAUGUAAUAUAUGUAAGUUGUUCUAUGUAAUCAAAUAUUUUAGAAAAAAUAUUAUUGUAAACUUCUAAUCAUCAUUUUCCCGUCCUUUUUUCUAAUCAACAAGUCAGUCAAUAUUCAGUUCACUUCCAUAAAAGUAAGCAAACAAAAAUUCUGCAGGUCAAAUUUUAAACAAUC